AUGAAAGCAUUACUUGCCACACUUGUUGGCUUCGGAACCUCUAGCUGGUUCAAUAGCGUAUCGUAUAGCACAGACUGUACAGCAUCCUCCAUUCGCCUUUCACAAAGUAAGUACCACCCCUGUACCUUGAUUAAUGCAUAUAAUGAGUCACACGAUGCAAAAGUUCUUCGUUUUGCUCUUCCAGAGUCAGACAUGUCUUUGAAUAUGGAUGUGGUUUCGUAUCUAUUGCUUCAAUUUGUAGAUAAUGAUAACCAUGAAGUGGUUCAGCCGUACACACCCAUUUCUCGAACAGAUCAACUUGGUUACUUUGAGAUAUUGGUUAAAAAGUCAGAGGAAUCUCCUAUGGGUGGCCACCUAUUCUCGCUGAAGAAGGAUGAUACUAUUAAUGUGAAAGGUCCCUAUGUAACUAUGCUAAUCAGGCCAAAUCAGUACAAAUCUAUAGGUAUGAUUGCAAACGAAACUGGGAUUGCACCCAUGUACCAUGUUGCCCGCAACCUUCUUCGAGUGCCCAAGAACACUACUGAAAUGUCUCUUAUUUACGCAAACGCAUGCAAGGAAAAUGUUCUUUUGGGAAAUGAGAUCAAUGAGUUAAUGGAAGCUUAUCCUAGUUUUUCACCGUACUUCGUCCUUAAGGACGCUCCUUUAUCUUGGAUGGGAGGUCUCGGCGAUGUGAGUAAGGAAAUGAUCAAAGCUAUUAUGCCUUCACCAAAUCGUGCAGAGGACUCCAUUAUUCUAGUAAGUGGGUCUCGAUCAUUUAUGAAGGAGGUCUGUGGGGAAAAAAAGUGUAAUCAGGAGCAAUCGGAACAGGGCGAACUUCGGGGACGUCUCAGAGAGCUAGGAUAUCCUCCUAAGAUGGUCUUCAAAUUAUGA